CCACUGUCUGAGUUAACUCCUACUCAAAUGUUGGAGUACACGAUGAAUCUCCAUGCCAUGGCAGGGUCACUAUCCAUGCCGGCCAGUGCACCAGUCGACGUCCCUCCGAGACUCAUCACUCGCACCGCCGAUGGCCGUAGGAUCCAAGCACGACUUCGGGAGCCGCUUCCAAACAGUGAUCUGGUCGAAAAUGGCGACGAUCCAGAGUACGUUGCGAUGGAAGACGUCUCGCCAGCGGCUGCCGUCCAGCGUGAUUAUGUAAGACGUGAGGCUAUCCGCAAUAAUCUGUUUGCUCAGCAGCAACGGUGUGAGGAGAUUCAAGCCGCCAAAGACGCUAUUACUGGAGUUGGAAAGAGUACAUGUAUGUUCGGCCCAUUCAAGUGCGUUGCGGAGGGCUGCGGAAACAACUGCAAUCCGCCGCGGUUGCCUCCCGGCCGUCUUCUUCAGACGUUUGCGGUGCCUGCGGAGGACUUGAUUCAAGCUAUCUCUGUCGAUCGAGCGAGUGAGUCUGUCAUUGAGGCGCAACAGCCUUCUGCCGCUAGCAGCAUCAAUGACGCGAGACCCAUGUUCUCUUUCUCGGCGUCAAACAUUCGGCAGCUUGCCGUCCAGUCGCUAUCGAGAGCUACUGCGGCGCGAUUGCGCGCUGCCACCUCGCCUCCUAUGGGGCCUGUCGCCACAGCGAUGCCUCUUGCGAACCCCGCUGCUGUGAGACCUUACCUUACGUGGACUACGGCCCCGCAUAGCAAUACUCAGACUCCCGAAAGCGAGACGCGUAUUCCAGCUACACUGAGCGAUCUAACUCAGCAGGAACCGGACUGGGCAUCAACGACCCUUGUGGGAACCUACUCUGGGAGCCGUGUGCCUUACCCACGUCCGCCUGCGCCCACGAGCCACCUGGAUUCCGCGUCUAAGACGGGCCGGAGUGUUUCACUUAGUUUUGGGAACCCAACUUCGCUUCGCCGAAGACAUGCGCGACGACACAACAUCCCACCUCACCUAAAACAGCGGUUGGCUUCUCGGAAGUCGCGUCUUUCGGUUAUUCAAGAGAUGGGUGAACCAGCCAGUACUCCACGACGGGCGUCGUUUACUCUGGAGGCGUAUGAAACCGACGGGGAACGACAGGACUUAGGUAAUGACAACGGCAUAGAAGAGAGUUACGACUCUGACUCUGAAUUCGAGGGUAUAGACCUGCGAGGCACUUUGCGACGCGCCGAGUCUACUAUCGGUAGUUGUUUCGACGGCGCUGACAGUGACAGAGGGAGUCUGCAUGAGGAAUCCUGCAAUGGCGCCUUGACGCCUGCUGGGGGAGCACUUAUGGUUGCGAAUCCCACUCUUCCUGAUUCAAACCAACCAACUGUCCCUAACACCUCGGAUCUUGGGUUCUUUCGGAGCUGCGUCCCCUCAUCUGGUUUGUCUAUUACAGAAGAGUUUGGUAUUCGCCUGCAGUCGCCUCAGGCUCGCACACCUGAAUUCGUUCUGGUUCCAGAGGAGCGUUUUGCUAGUAUCAAUCCUUUGAUCGAAGCCAGCACUAACAGGUUCGCUGAGCGCGGCGCCGUCGAGGAGAACGGAGUCUUGGUGUUCCCGGAGUCACUCACACUGCUACCGCACUCGCGUCCACAGGACGUUCAAUCGAUCCAACUUGAGAAUGAGAUGAGGCUUUUGAGGGAAGAGUUCGUGAGGAUCCGCUGCGAGCCUCCUGGUGUCAACGCGACAGGAUCGAACACGUUCCAGGCUCAGUCUCAGAUUCGUGAUACCAUUGAGCAUCAACGCGUUAUCGAGCCGUUGAGCUUCUACGGUUCUCGGUACGGCAGUUCGCCUUCUCCUUCGGUUACUUCGCUCGUGGAUCCGGUUAUGCUGUCGGCCUCGAUGACGGGUGCGUCGGCGCCUAUUGCCCCGAGACAGCAUACCCCGGGCUUUGUGUCCUACCGAUCCUGUCACCUUCAGGCGCUGUAUCAAAGCUACAGGCACGAUGCCGGUGCUGAGGAGAUAUCACGAAGCACGGAUGGGUUGCCAACCUAUGGAGAGUUGACUUCGAACGCGUCGCCCGCUCAGAUGCUGAUCGCCAGUCCUAACGUGUUGGCCGGAGACGUGCCGAGGUCUAUUCAAGCCCAGAUGGAGGAGGAGGCAGCUCGCCAGCAAUACUUUUACCGGGAUUUUACGACUGCGUUGUACGCCAUGCCACCAUUUGAUGACGAGGAUGGGGAAUUUCCAGAGUCUGACUACUGGAUCGAAGGUGGAUCCAGCGAGGAUGAAGAAGACGAAGAAGAGGUUACAGGGGACGAUGAUGUCGAGGGUGCGUUCGCGUACGCGCGCUUAUACCAAUCAGGACCUGUACCCGACCCGCAAUGCAUUCGCGAUUAUCAGCGGCACCAGAGACGUAUCCAGAGACGGUUGGGUUUGCCGGUCCGUCCUCCAUCUUUGACUCCUGAGGAGAUGCAGGAUGUGACGGAUUUUAUCCGAGGGUAUACUGAGUGAGGUAGUGGAGGCGAUCAAGGUCAAAGGAGGGGACUCGGGUGGGAGGACAAGGAGGAUAGGAGGCUGUACAGAAGGCGAUGGGCAUCACGAUUUGGGCGGCAGUCAAAUCCGGUAUCAAUUGGAUCUUUGUUAUGUGUUCUUUUUUCUUAAUACUAUCC